CUUUUCUUUUAUUUGUUAUUAUUUAUUUAUUUAUGUUUUCUAUAUAACCCUGUGCUGUUGAUUCUCUCCCUCCUAAUCAUUUGCUACUGCCUAUCUUCUGCACCCAAAACACCCUCUCAAUCACUGAUUCGAUGACUGAACGUGCUAAAGACGCAAUUGGCGUUCCAAGUUCGAUAAAUCGGUGAAAGAUGUCCAACAAUGAUAGUCCGUUUGAAGCUGCGGCUAAAGGAGGAGAUAUCGACAUGUCGCAUAGAUUGCUCGAAGCCGUGGCUGAAAGAGGAGAUAUCAAGGAGUUGUACAAUUUACUCGGUCGGAAACCAGACAUUUUGGAUUCAAUUAAAUAUGAAGCACCCUUUGCAGAGACUCCUCUGCAUAUAGCUGCUAGCUCUGGUAACGAUGAGAGGACUGACUCAUCAUCCCAUGGGAGGGCCAAGUUUGCCGUUGAGGUGGCUGUCCUAAAGCCAUCGUUUGCUAGGAAGCUGAAUCCUGAGGGCCUUACUCCGAUGCACUUGGCCUUGCUGAAUAGGCAAUGGAAGACUGCGAGGGCACUGAUGAUGCUCGAACCUGAGCUGAUUCGGGUCAAAGGUAAGGAAGGCAAGACGCCCUUUCACGUCGCAGUUGAAUUUGCACCACCGCAGCUGUUGGCCGAGUUACUCUAUGUUUGCCCAUCUUCCAUCGAGGAUUUGACCGCCCAGUGGGAGACUGCCGUGCACAUUGCGGUGGAAAGUAGCAAGUUCGAGUCAUUUAAAGUUCUCUUUGGAUGGAUAUUGAAAGCCGAGAGAGAACAUAUCCUGGAUUGGAAGAACUUUGAUGGUGACACCGUAUUGCAUGUCGCGACUCGCAAAAACCAGCCUCAGGUGGUGUCGAUGCUGUUCCCAUGUGUUGACAGAGAUGCCAAGAACUUCAAUGGCAAAACAGCUCUGUCCAUUCAUGAGGAAAGACGGCCAGAAAGCGAUGAACAAAUAGGGAGGAUUCUAUGCAGCAGACUAGGUUUACCGCGUGCCGUCUAUCGUUACUUACAGGCCCGAUUGGAAGGAAAUCAUCAUACCAUCCUCUAUAUACGCUUUGGCAAUAUUCCCAUUGUUCUGAUGGUGAUGCUCGACAGAAUCAUAAAGUCCAUUUUAGAAUUGGGAAGAGGAGGAAAGGUAGAACUGGGAAGGGGAGGAAAUGAGAAGUCUCGUGAAGCGAUUCUAGUGGUAGCAGUACUUAUAGCUACGGCUGCCUAUCAGGGAAUUCUCAGUCCGCCGGGUGGAUUCUGGCAAGAUGAGGACUCAUCAUCACCUGGGAAGAUGAUCAUGAGCGGCCGCCUGUUGUCCUGUUACCUCGCUUUCAACAGUGUGGCCUUCGCACUCUCUCUGGGUGAGAUCAUUCUCAAUUUGCCAGGGGCCUCGGCUAGCAACUUGCUCAUUAUGUCCGCGACUUUCUUGCUGCUAACCUACUCUGUCGCGUUCUUAAACAACACUCCCGAACAAUUUCUUGCUCUUAGAGUUUUUGUGUUGUUUAUAUUAGCCUUUGUUUGUGUGUUCGGAUGGAUGACUGUCGCCCAGGCAUUGUCCAUGGCCAGAUAUUAUAAUCCUCAGCAUUUUAUGGACACCCCGGAAAAGAGGCACAUAAGGCAUCAUGUGGGAUCUGAUGAGCCCGGGCAUGAAUCUCAGGAGAACACGAGGGGAGGACUUUCAGGGAAUAGCUGCGAGAUCAAACCCGGAAAUACCAUGCCAGUGGGCAUCGAAGAGGCGUGACUGCAACUCCUUGGGGAACCUCUUUCGUUUGCUUUAAAUUGAUCAUGAUAUAUACAAUUCCUGGUUAAUGUCCGAUUUUCUUUGGUUUGCUAAGUGUUUUUUUUUUUAUUUAUUUCCAAGUUCAUCCUCCUAUUAGCCACUGUAUGCAUCGGCAUCUAAUGCAAACAGUACAUUAAGUUUCUC